GGCCGGGGAGCCGGAGUCCCCGGUGGGGCACAGGGAUGUGGGGUGGACCAGCACCGAGGUGCUCUCUGCUUCAACUUCCUUCCCAGCGCCGAGCCGAUUUCCUCCGGCAUCACGUGUGCGGUGUGGGCCCGGGGGAGCCUGGCACAGCACGGCACCGCUCGGCCUCGGGGGCAGCCCCACAGCGGCAGGUAAGAGGAAGCAGCCGCAGCUCCGAGGGUGCGGCGCACGGGGAUCAUCCCAACGGCAGCACCUGCGUGUGAUCGCGCUGCUCCAGGGCUGUGCCGUGCCCUGGGGCCCAGGAGGGCUGCCAGUGAGGGGCUGGCAGGAUGCUGGGCACUUCUGGGCACCAUCACCCUUGCGCCACUGGGAGCGAAGGAGCACUGGGGCCUUGGAUAGGGGUGUCCUCAUCCCCGCAGCCCUCGGGGCUUCAGCCGUAUCUUUGGGUGGGUAAUACCAGCACCGUUUUUGGUGUCUGCGAGGCCUCUGUGACAGGGGCUGUGCUGGUGGCAGCAGCAGGGACCAGGCAGCAGCAGGGCUGCUGGCCCACCCUAGGGACAUGGUGACCCACCACAGUGACAGCGUGGCCAACCAUGGGGGCAGAGAGGCCUGCCAUGGGGAUGGGGCGCCUGCCAGGAGAACAGGGUGGUCCAUGGGCACAUGCCCGUAGCCUGAUGUCCUGUAUCCCACCAUGCCAGUGGGCUUGUCCUGGUGUGACCCCAGGGUUCAGUGGUACAGGGAUGCUGCUGUGCUGUGGAUAGUGGCGGGAUGACAUCCUGCCCGUGCCGCAGUGCUGGUGCUCAGGGGAGCUUUGCAGCCGCCUGCUCCACCACACACAGAGGAAGCGCCAACCACAGUGGGGCUGGUGCGGGGCUGAUGUGGGGCGGGGAGAGGCUGUAACAAGGGUCCUUCCCCGAGCCCCUUCGCUCCUCAGCAGCUGCAACCACAGCGAAGGACAAGGAGGGUGAGGACAGGGAGCCCCCUGGGUGAGCCCUGGGCUGGAGGAGAGGGAAGGACAGGGAUGUGCCUGGGACAGGCCCCCUGGGCCAGGGCAUGUCCCCAGCAGGAAGCGCUUCCUGCCCCACUCUCGUCUGACAGUGUUAUGUCCCAGCCCCAGCCCUGCUCCUGCCUCCUCUCCCCAGAGCUCCCAGCACCAGCGAGGAUGGAGCCGACCAAGCUCCCACUCACCAAGAGGAUGGCUCCUGCUCCCCCCGUUCCUGCCAAGACCAAACCAGCCCCCAUGCUGGCCACCAAGCCCAGUGACUCCCAGCCCAGCACCUCAGCUGACAUGGAGCGGGGCAGAGCUGGUGACCCAGAUGCCAACGUCUUCAACAUGGUGUCAGUUACCACAGCCAGGCUGAGCCACCCCACAGCCACACGGCCACGAGUACCUGGCCAGCGGCCACCCAGCAUCGCCCUGGGGAUUGGGGGGAGUCCCUGUGGCGGGGAGCAGCCCCGGGGGCUGCCACAUGCUGGGCUCUGUGCCCCUGUUGCCAGCAUGGGGCAGGCACCUGUCCUGCCAUGGAGCAUGGAAGGGCUGGUGGUGUCAGAGGGGUCGGAGGGGAGGUCACUGGCCCUGGAGGACCUGAAGGCCGAAGUCCGGACCCUGCACAUCCUUGUGGACCUGAUGCGAGUCCAGCACCUGCGGGACCUGCUGGACCUGCGGCAGGAGCUGUGCCAGGAGCGGGCCCAGCGCCAGGCGCUGCAGGUGAGUCCCUGGCAGGGGUUGCCCCGUGCUGGGGUCCCCUGUGCCCCCCAACAACCACAGCCUCUCCCCACAGGUGGAGAUCGAGCGGGUGAGGAAGGGGCUGCCCUGUUAGUGUGGGGGGGCUGUGGUGCCCACCCAUGGCACGGGGCAGGUGGGUGGCACAUGGUGCCCUGUGCCCCCCCGACCUUGCUGUGCCCAGCCUGGUUCUGCACCCAUCGGGUACAAAUGUUCACCCCACACCCAGGUACUGCUCCUUGAGGCAUAACAGCCCCUGGACCUACAGAAAUUGUUUAAA